UCGGAGAGGAGAGUGGAUAGGGGAGGCUGCUAAUGUUGCUGCCGCUGCCGCCUUUGUUGUAAGCAGGGAACGUUUGAUUUCAUCACUACAUCCAGACUGCAGCAGACAUACGGAUAUUUAUCACGGAUUGCAAGUGGAAAUAAUUAACAACCGGCCUAUCCAUGUACUUAUACGAGGGCACGGGACUGCUUGUGCUCACGCUUUUGGCCGCUUUGCAGUUCACCACCGAGGGCAGAGGAACCCCUCCUCUAUGCCGGCCAGGCUUCUCUGAAGAUGUGUCCGUCGUGGCGGUGCCAGAGAGUGCCGAGAAGGGACAGCCCCUUUUCAACGUGAAGUUUGUGAACUGCGGUCAAGGUGGACUGGUGCGGUUUGAGUGCAGCAACCCGUCGGAUUUCCGGAUAGGGGCUGAUGGGGUGGUCUAUGCACUAAGACCCUUGGCUAUGUCCAGGCUCCGGGGGGUGCCCCUCAUUGUCGUGGCCAGGGAUGAGACCAGCCAGCUGCAGUGGCAGACCCAGGUCACCCUGACGCCCCCCAUAGGCCAGACCCCACCGGCCCAGGAUAUGCCAGCUCCCCCAUCUCUGUCCCAGGGUCUUGAGGAGAUCUGGUUCCCAUCUCGACAGUCAGACAGCAGCUCUGUGGGACAGCUGAAACGCAUGAAGAGGGACUGGGUAAUCCCACCAAUCAACGUCCCAGAGAACUCCAGAGGAGAGUUCCCCCAGGAGCUGGUCCGGAUCCGGUCGGACCAUGACAAGAACCGCUCCCUGAGGUACAGUGUGACCGGACCUGGGGCUGACCAGCCACCCACAGGCAUCUUCAUCAUCCACCCCAUCAGUGGAGAGCUGUCUGUCAUGAAACCUCUGGACAGAGAAGACAUAUCUAACUUCCAUCUGAGAGCCCAUGCUGUGGAUCUGAACGGUAACCAGGUAGAGAGCCCCAUCGACAUCGUGAUCAAUGUGAUUGACAUGAACGACAACCGGCCGGAGUUUAUCCACCAGAUCUGGAACGGUUCCGUCGCUGAAGGCUCCAAACCAGGGACCUUCGUUAUGACAGUAACAUCCGUUGACAAAGACGACCCCAAAACAGCCAAUGGGAUGCUUCGCUACAAGAUCCUUUCUCAGAAUCCUGAGAGCCCAACAUCCAACAUGUUCACCAUCAACAACAAGACCGGGGGCAUCAUUACGGUGGCAGCCGGCUUGGACAGAGAGAAAGUGCCUCAGUACACGUUGAUCAUCCAGGCCACAGACAUGGAGGGCAACCCCAUGUACGGGUUGUCCAACACCGCCACGGCCGUCAUCAAAGUCACCGACAUCAACGACAACCCACCCGAAUUCACAGCAGAGACGUUCUUUGGAGAGGUGCCCGAGAACCGGGUAAAUGUCAUCGUGGCCAACCUGACGGUGACAGACAAAGACCAGCCCAACACGCCAGCAUGGAACGCCGUCUACAAGAUCACAGGGGGUGACCCCACCGGCAGGUUCUCUGUGCCAACCGACCCCACCACUAACGAGGGCCUGGUAACCGUCGUUAAGCCCAUCGACUACGAGAUCAGCAGGACGUACGUGUUGACCGUGGUGGCGGUGAACGACGUGUCCCUGGCUCGUGGCAUCCACUCCCCUCGCCAGUCCACCGCCACUGUCUCCAUCAGGGUCAUCGACGUCAACGAGAGCCCCUACUUUGACCCCAACCCCAAACUCAUCAAACUGGAGGAGGGGAUGUUAGCAGAGUCCUCUCUGACCACCUUCACGGCACAGGACCCUGAUCGCUUUAUGCAGCAGAGCAUCAGAUACACCAGGCUCUCAGACCCAGCCAACUGGCUGCGAAUCGACCCCAACACCGGACGCAUCACAACGAUCGCUGUCCUGGACCGCGAGUCCCCUUACGUGAAGGACAACAUGUACAGCGCCACUUUCCUGGCCACUGACAACGGCAUCCCCCCGGCGAGUGGUACAGGCACCCUGCAGAUCAUACUGCUGGACAUCAACGACAACGCGCCCCACGUCUCCCCCCAGGAGGCGGAGAUGUGUGAGAAGCCGGAGCCCAACGGCAUCAACAUCACAGCGCUGGACGGAGACCUGAACCCCAAUGCCGGCCCCUUCGCGUUUGAACUGGCCAACAGGCCCCCGGAGGUCCGGAGGAACUGGACCAUCACACGGCUCAGUGGUGACUAUGCCCAGGUGAGCCUGAAGAUCGGCUUCCUGGAGAGCGGCAUCUAUGAGAUCCCGAUCAUCAUCACAGACUCGGGGAACCUGCCCAUGUCCAACACGUCCUACCUACGGGUGAAGGUGUGCCAGUGUGACCAUAACGGCGACUGCACCGACCAGCAGCACAUCAUCGCGCCAGGGCUGGGCACAGGGGCCAUCAUCGCCAUCCUCCUCUGCAUCAUCAUUCUCCUCAUUCUGGUGCUGAUGUUUGUGGUGUGGAUGAAGCGUCGUGAUAAGGAGCGUCAGGCGAAACAGCUGCUCAUCGACCCGGAGGACGACGUCAGGGACAACAUCCUGAAGUACGACGAGGAGGGAGGAGGAGAGGAGGACCAGGAUUAUGACCUGAGCCAGCUCCAGCAGCCAGACACAAUCGAGCCGGACACCAUCAAGCCCGUGGGCAUCCGGCGUAUGGACGAGAGGCCGCUGCACCCCGAGCCCCAGUACCCCAUAAGGUCAGCGGCCCCACACCCCGGGGACAUCGGAGACUUCAUCAAUGAGGGACUCAAAGCGGCAGACAACGACCCCACGGCCCCGCCCUAUGACUCCCUGCUGGUGUUCGACUACGAGGGCAGUGGUUCCACGGCCGGCUCCUUAAGCUCCCUCAACUCCUCCAGCAGUGGCGGAGACCAGGACUACGAUUACCUCAACGACUGGGGCCCUCGCUUCAGAAAGCUGGCAGAUAUGUACGGAGGGAGUGACGACUAGGACACAGGACAUGCAAGACCUAAAAAGAAAAUAUGACAAAGAAUGGUGAACCAGGAAAAGAGAGAAUAUCUUGUUUUUUUUUUCUCUUAAUGGACAUGGACAGCUUCUGAUUACCGAUAUUUCCCUGAGAGAAUGGUGAUAAGAACAAUGACAGAAAAGUAUUAAAAAAAAAAACGUAACUCCGAAAUAUUUUGCAAAAAGAAACCAACCUAUUCUUAUUGUUGUAGUCUCCGCAUACAUAUGCUUGUUGAAGGCUUAGGCACAGGCUGAACUGCGGUCCAGAAUAUGAGAAGGGGAGGGAACAUUGGUGAACUGUCACUGUUUGGAUCGUUGACAUUGAGCGCGCUCAGUUACACUUGAAUUUCACAGUACAGAAGCACUGGGAUAUAAUGUGCCUUUUUGUACAUUUUUUGGAUCUGAAUGAUUAGUUUUAUGUUCAAGGCUUUAAUGGUACUGACUUUUGGAGUGAUUUCAAAACAUAAAGUAUGUUAAACUAUGGUAUGCUUCUACAUGCUUUUUUGGUUACACAAUACUGCUGUUUGUUGAACAAUAAUUAUUUAAAUGAAUUACAAAGAUGAAGAGAUGAUGAAGGAUUCUUUGUUAGCUUGGAUGGGAAGAUACAAUUGAAAACAGCACUGUACAGUACGCUAGAAUUCUAGACUUUUUUCACUAAAAAAUUUAAGUUAUGCAGCUGGUUGCAAAUAAAGGGAGUCAUAAAUCAUACUUUUGUAGCGGAAUAUGUUUUCUCCUUUAUUUCUGAAGUGGUGUAGUAUUUUACAAAAUCAACAACUGUUUAUUUUGUUCUAAUCCAUGUUCACUUCAUUUGCCUUAGUCAUCAUCUGGUACUUUCAACUUUUACUUCACUGUAAAGAAAAUGUGUGUACAUAAUGUAUUUUUUCUUUCUUUUUUUUUUGAUGUAGUCUAUGAAGGAGUGCAAAAAGUGUGGAACUUGUAAAUGUAUAAUUUGGACUACAAAUUAAAGUUUUUGCAUGUUUUUAUCUUUUCACAACAAUGAAAAAGAAUUAUUUCCAAAAUUUAUUUACAAAGCAAAAAGAAAAAAAAAUGGGUGACAUUAAAUGUGUAGAAGUUAAGAGUCUUUUGUAUAAAAAAAAAAAAAAAAACACCUGAACAAAAAAAUUGAAAAAAUAGCAAUCUUGUCAGCACAACUGUUUGAAUUUGUACCAAAAAGGGGGUGGGUGGGGUGUUGUGGCACCGUUGGCACUAAUUACUGAUUCAGCUUUAAGACUGGGAAAGGUUUUUGUCUGAAGCUUUGUGGUUAUAAGUAUGUACUGGAAUACAAAUUAUACAUCUCUGACCCCAACCAUCCGAAUAAAAUGCUAAUUUUGGAGCUAA